AUGGAUACAAGCAAAUUUAGCAAUGGCAGAUUCUUGAGAGCUCUUCUUACUGUGCUUUUCGUUCUCUCUGUUAGACGUUCUUCCGGUACCAUAGACAUAAUUACACCAACCCAAAACAUAACGGAUCCAGAGAGUCUAGUCUCUGCUGGGGGUUUUUUCAAAUUAGGCUUCUUCACCACCGGGAAUUCUACUAGUCGGUAUGUCGGGAUUUGGUAUAACAACAUCCCUGAGCAGACAAUUGCAUGGAUUGCCAACAGAGAUAACCCGUUACCGGACUCAUCUGGGGUGAUAAGGAUUGCGAAUGAUGGAAACCUUGUGGUGGUGGAUGGACAGGAAAAGAUUUUCUGGUCUACAAAUAUUUCAACUAUUGCACAAAAUUCUAGUGCCAAGCUCUUGGAUUCAGGGAAUCUAGUCUUGCAGCAAGGAAGCUCAACAGAUGGCGACAACAAUGGGUCGGUGUUGUGGGAGAGCUUUGAGCACCCUUGCGAUACAUUCUUGCCCAAGAUGAAGAUUGGUACCAGCACAAAGACGGCUGAGAAGCAACUGCUAACAUCAAAGAAAGGUGAUUCAGAUCCUUCCACUGGUAGAUUCACUGCAGGUGUUGUCCCCUUGAACAUUCCUGAGGUGUUUGUCUGGAAUGGUUCUCUCCCACACUGGAGAAGUGGGCCAUGGAACAAUCGGAUCUUUUUAGGGGUGCCCGACAUGUACUCUGUUUACCUCGACGGAUUCAAGAUGGAUAGAGAUGCUCAAGAUGGAAGUGCCCACUUGACAUUCUCUUAUGUCAGUUUACCUUUCUUGUUGGUGAGAUUUGUUCUGGAUUCUGAAGGCAAGUUAGUAGAGUAUGAUUGGGGUCAAGAGAAAAAGAACUGGACCAUUGGCUGGUUAGCCCCAAGAACAGAGUGUGAUAUCUAUGGAAAGUGUGGAGCAUUUGGGAGCUGUAAUGCAUUGGAUUCGCCAAUCUGUAGUUGCUUGAAGGGAUUCAUCCCAAAGUCCGUAGAGGAAUGGACUAAGGGAAAUUGGUCAAGUGGGUGCAUGCGCAGGACAGAGUUACAAUGUGAAAGAAAUAACACCAGUAGUGAAAAGGAGAAAACAGAUGAAUUUUUGAAGCUGAAAAUGAUGAAAGUUCCAGAUUCUGCAAACUGGUCCGCUGCAGCUGAUGCGAAUGAUUGUGAGAAACAGUGUUUAAGCAACUGCUCCUGUGUCGCUUAUGCAUUUGACAUCAACAUAGGGUGCAUGUCUUGGAGUGGAAAUUUAAUAGAUACCCAGAAAUUCUCCACUGGCGGGGUGGAACUUCACAUUCGUUUGGCAUAUUCCGAAUUUGGCAGGAAACAUUCAAAAGCAGUUAUCAUCACGGUGGUCAUCGUCGUAGGAGCUGUUACCCUUGGUGUCUUAGCCUGUUGUGUGUUGAGGCGGAUGGCUAAACAAAGGGGGCUGAGGAAGAAAGGCGUGGAUGGGGCAGAGGUAUCUAAAGAAGUAUCAGACGGAGUAUUGCAUGAAGAUAGCAUAAUAACACAACGAGGAAAAUGCACAGAUCUACCGGUAUUUGAAUAUGAGGACCUUGCAAUUGCAACAGACAAAUUUGACCUCGGAAACAAGCUUGGAAAAGGUGGUUUUGGUGAAGUUUACAAGGGGAGAUUGCCAGAUGGCCAAGAAAUAGCUGUGAAAAAACUCUCAAAAACCUCUGGGCAAGGGUUAGAAGAGUUCAAGAAUGAGGUUGCAGUCAUCUCUAAGCUCCAGCAUAGAAAUCUUGUCAAACUCCUUGGUUGCUGUAUUGAAGGGGAGGAAAAGAUGUUGGUAUAUGAAUACAUGCCCAACAAAAGUCUAGAUGUUAUUCUCUUCGAUCCAACCAAACGAACAAUUCUAGAUUGGAAUAAACGUCUCCGUAUCAUUGAAGGGAUUGGCCGAGGACUCCUUUAUCUUCACAGAGAUUCCAGAUUAAAAAUUAUUCACAGAGAUCUGAAAGCAAGUAAUAUAUUAUUGGAUGAAGAGCUUAAUCCCAAAAUUUCGGACUUCGGCAUGGCGAAGAUAAUUGGAGGCACUGAAGAUGAAGCAAGUACCAGAAGGGUGGUUGGGACAUAUGGUUAUAUGUCUCCUGAAUAUGCCAUGGAAGGGCGAUUUUCUGAGAAAUCCGAUGUCUUUAGCUUUGGGGUUCUGCUUUUGGAGAUUGUAAGUGGGAGAAAAAAUGGUAGCUUUUAUCAUCUGCAGGAAUGCUCGAGCUUUCUGGGACAUGCAUGGACGUUAUGGAACGAAGGGAAGAUUUUGGAGUUAAUCGAUCCAACAAUAUUAUGCGAACCACCGUCAAUUGAGGAGGAGGUACUGAGAUGUAUCCGUGUGGGACUGUUAUGCGUUCAAGAAUUCCCAAAAGAUAGACCAACUGUGUCUUCCAUAAUGUCCAUGCUUAGCAGUGAAAUUGCAGAUCUUCCUACACCAAAACAGCCUGGGUUUAUAGAGAGGCUGGUUUCCUCUGAAACAGAAUCGUUUCAAAGGAACCAAAUGAUAUGCUCUAAGAACGAUGUUACCAUUACAACUUUAGAGGGUGAAUACCGCACCGCCAUUCAUGCUAUGGCCCUCCAGAUGUGCAUCCACCGCUGCGAUGCCAUCGACCAAAGGGCUACCAAUCAGAAGCUCCAGGGUGAGCUCAAUCGGACUCAGGGUGAGCUCCAUCACACUCGCAAGGGGAGUGAAUCUCAGGAUCUGCUCGUUCACGACCAGGAGGCACAGAUUGCCAGGUUUUCUGAAGAGAGCGUGCGUUAUAUGGAGGAGUCAUCGAGGGUGGAAUAUGGCUCGAGUUCAUACCGCUCUGGGUUUAAACUCUGCCGGUGGUUGGUUCAGAAGAAAUUCUCCGGACUCAACCUUGACGGUGUCACUAUGAAGGGCCUGCCUCCCGAGAUGGCGGACCAGGCGGAGGAAGAGGAGCCCGACUCUCUGGAGGAUGAAGACGAGGAGGCAGAUCCCUGA